AUGAAGCUAUUACAAUUCCCGUUAGGUCACUUCAAUACAGUAUCAGUCAGUCCUGAUAAUACUAAACUCAUAGCUGGAGGUGACUCCGUGUUGCAGGUGUAUGACAUGAACGGGUUAAUUAAGUAUGCUCAAUUGGAUCCUGCACCCAAACUCGACGACCUAAAGACAAUCAAACCAGUGCGGACAAUUACAUGCCACAAGGAUGCUGUGAACUGUGUUCAAUUCUUUCACAACUCAGAAGAAUUCAUAUCUGCCGAUACAGCAGGAUAUAUCUAUCAUCAUACGUCUUCAUCAGCCGUGCAAAUAUAUCCAUUUGGAAGUAAAACAGCAGUUGCAAUUGUCGACCUUUCAAUAUCUGCCGAUGACAAAAUUCUAGCGUGGUCAACAACAUCAGGUGAAGUCAACCUAUACUCCUUCCCCAGCCACAAAUACCAAAGGCUAACAUCGUCAUCCUCAAUUCAAAGAAGUGUUUCCUUUGAUCCUACAAAUAAUUACUUGGUGACUAUUGGUGACGACACGUUGAUUCACGUGUACCAAUACACCCAAUCUCCAUACAAGUUCAGGCAUAUCAGCAAAAUAUCUAGAUUGCUCAACAAAAACCGUCGUAAUGUCAAGUAUAAACGAAUUUCGUGGUCUCCUGAAGGUGAAUUGGUUGCCGUGCCGACAGCAUGCAAGAACCAAACUAUGGUCAUAUCAUUGAUAUCACAUACCAAUAACUGGAACACGAGUAUCAGUUUAGUUGGCCACGACCUGACCUGUCAAGUGGUUAAAUUUAAUCCAAAAUUAUAUGGCGAGGAUGACCUGGUAUAUAGCGUUGUUGCUAGUGGAGAUGGUGAUGGAACUGUAUGUGUGUGGAAUACAACCAAAGAUUCGCCAAUUAUUAUUUUGAAAAAUGUUGGCGAUGAUAUAAAAGAUUUGUGUUGGGUGGGCAGUAAUGCGGUGGUUUGGUGUGGUGGAAACGGAAUCUAUGUUGGCAAAUUUGAACAGUCAGAGUUAGGAGAUGAAGUUGAUGUCAAAGCAUUUGAAAGAUUAAUGAGUUUACAAAAGUCAUUGGUCAAAGAUAUCACCCAUAAAUAUGAUGAAAAUUAUAAACGAGGGGCUAAAGAGAUUGAUUACAUCGAAGAAGUCAAUGGAAUAGAUAUCAGACAUGAAGAGAAAGAGGUUAAAGUAGACGUUGAACCAACAAGUGUGGUACCUACUGACUCUGAAUCAUCCAAUGUCAAAGGCAAAAUAACCCCUCUGGUGCUUCUUCCACCCGAUCCAACGGCAACACCUCCACCGACUGAUAUUCUUGAUUCAGCAAUGUCAACCAGAAAAUCUCCAGCAAAAACUAAGUCAACUAAACCAGCUCCAUCAGCACAACCAAUAAUUACCAUGAAAAAUGGGAAACGUCGUAUUCAACCAAUGUUGAUAAGCUCAAACAAUUCAACUCCUGUAUUGGACCACAAAACAACAACCAACACAUCUGCACAAAAGCCAGUCACCUCCAUGGAAUUUGAUAAACCCAGUACUGUAAUCAGUACUGACCAUGUCAAGAAACGGCCAAAUCAAGACCAACAACAGCCAAGUAAAAAGCGUCAACAACUUGAACCAAUAAAAUUCAUUGGAACUCCAAUUGUGAAUCCAAGCACGGCAAUUUCGCAAAUUCGACUUGCAACCCCAAAAAUCAGACUUCAUUUCCAAAGUAAAUCUGGUGAAUUGACACUUGAUAUUAAAAAUGGUAGUGGUAAUGAAACCCAACCUUCCAGGGUAACAUGCAUUAAAAAAGAAAAGCCAGUCUGGACUGAUUUUUUAGCAAAACAUGUGGGUUUGGUUACUUCUGGUAAUGAUUUCUUUGCCAUCGCAUUAGCUGAUGGAAAUAUUAUCAUAUAUUCACAAAUUUCAGGGAUAAGAGUGUUCCCUACAUUAGUGUUGGGAAGCCCAAUUUCAUUUUUAGAAAGUUGCGAAAAUUACCUCAUGGCUGUCACUAAUAUCGGUGAGUUAUUUGUCUGGGAUAUACUGAACAAAAAAAGCGUGUUGACAUCAACAAUUACCCCAUUGUUAGAUUUAGGAAAGUAUGACGAUGAUGGAUUAUCAAAAUCUGAUCAUAUAACAUUAUGUGCUAUAACCACUACCGGGAUCCCCUUGAUUACAUUAUCCAAUGGAAAUGGCUACAUGUACAAUACUUCUCUUGCCAUUUGGCAAACAGUUUCUGAAUCAUGGUGGUGUUUUGGAAGUCAUUAUUGGAAUAGUGCAACUACAACCACACCAACAGAUUCAAUCAUCGAUAUGUUGGAACAUCAUACCAAUGAAGAAAUCUUAAGAAAGACAAGAACCGGUAGAGGUAAAUUAUUUAACAAAAUUAGUAAGAAUAUGAUCAUGAAAGAAGGGUUUGAAAGUUUGGAAAAUACAAUCAGUAUAAACCAUUUGGAAAAUAGAAUCAAAUGUGCGGAAAUUUUAGGGGAAAAGCAAGAGUUUAAGAAAUGGUUUAUGAUUUAUGUUGAACGAUUGUGUGAGUUGGGAUUGAAGGUGAGAUUGUUUGAAGUUUGCCUGGAAUUGUUGGGACCAAACGAGUCACAAGGUAAUGGGUCAAAAGAGAUUGCAAUUAUGAACAAUGGCAAUACCACUAGUUCAGAGUGGAACCCAAAUAUCUGUGGCUGGGAUAAACAUACUUUACUCAAAGAUAUAAUAACCACAUGUUCUAUCCAUCGUGACGCACAACGUGUUCUUAUUCAUUUUGGAGAACUACUUGCAUUGGUUUAG